AUGCUAAUUCUUUCUCAAGUACUUGGCCUCUCUACCAAGCAAGUUGAUUACACUACGGCGUUCCUACAUGCGCCAAUCGAGGAAGAAGUCUAUGUCGCGAUGCCUCGAGGGUUCUCGGAACCCAACAAGGUAUUGAAACUCAAACGAUGUCUCUAUGGUUUAAAACAAAGCCCCAGAAAUUUCUUUCAAUUCCUGCAGUCUAAUUUGGAGGACAUUGGAUUCGAGCCUCAAACCGAAGUCGACCCAUGUCUUUUCAUCUCGAAAAACUGUAUCUGUCUGGUCUAUGUUGAUGACACUUUGUUCUUCUCACCUGAACAGAAGUAUAUCAAUGAAGCCAUCGCCAAGCUGAGAGAAAAAGGAAUGGAGCUCGAAGAAGAGGCGUCUGUUGCUGGUUUUCUGGGCGUACACAUCGAACGCAAUGAAGAAACCGGAGCUAUCACCUUGACUCAGAAAGGUCUGAUCAAGCGUAUUGUCGAUGCUCUUGGCGUCCAGAAGACCUCACCUACACCAGCUCACGUUGAUCCAUUGGCGAUCGAUGCGGAGGGAGAUCUACCUGAUGGUCUGUACAACUAUGCCUCAGUUGUUGGAAUGCUCCUGUAUUUGUCUGGACACAGUCGUCCAGAUAUUUGUUUUGCAGUUUCUCAAGUCGCACAAUUCAUACACGGGAAUCGACCCAGUCACAAAGUAGCGAUCGAACGAAUCGGACAGUAUUUGAAGGGCACGAUGGACAAAGGUUUGAUCCUGAAUCCAAGAGAAGACUUUGAUAUUGACUGCUACGUCGAUGCUGACUUCGCGGGUCUAUGGAACGUCGAGGAACAUACGAAUCCUGAGUCGGUACGAAGCAGAGCAGGAUAUGCAAUCUGUAUCUGUGGAUGUCCAAUCAUUUGGAAGAGUCAAUUGAUGCGACCUAUUGCAGCUUCUACUAUGGAAGCGGAGUAUAAUGCUCUCGCUUUAUCUAUGAGGGACGUGCUACCCUUGCAGGAACUAUUCAAGACGAUUGGCCACGCUGUUGGAAUCGGCAAGGAGUUCUGCACUCAAUUCAGCACAACUAUUCAUGAAGACAACCAAGGUGCCCAGAAGUUGGCAUGUAUGGAACCAGGCCAUCAUACUCCAAGGUCGAAGAGUUUUUGGGUCCGGUCCCAUUGGUUUUGGCAGUACUUGAAGCCGACACGCACUAAAGUGGUCUACAUCAAAACCAACCUACAGAAGGCUGAUAUCCUUACCAAAGGACUUACCAAGGACAAGUUUCUUUGA